AUGGCCUCUGCCACUGAUAUACAAAGCAUAAUAUCUGCCGCCCUCCAGCAGCAAUCUCAACAGUUAGAAGCUCAACUUGCGGCUCGGGAUGAAGUUAUCUCCAAGCUUAUGGAGAAGGUAGAGCUUAAAGAAACAGAAGCUUCAUCCGCCUCAUCUCCGAAGCCGGAUAAGGGGAAGUCGGUCGUGAGGAACACUCAACCGAAGAGUUCCCCAACCAUCAAGCCCCGAGCAAGUACAAGCGGCAAAACCGGCUCGAAGUCCGCCACACCAACCAAGUCGAACCAGCUCACCCCUCGCCGGACCUCAUCUGGUAGCCAACCCAAACACGACAUCACUCCCGGCAACGGUUCCCCAAAAGUCAACCCGAUGCAAAUGAUUUCGCGGAACAUGCCUGAGUCAUUUGGCCUCACCAGAGAUGCUUUGUAUGUUCACAUAAAGCUCAUAUGGAAUCUUCUGGAGCAAAAGACAAUCCCAGGCCCCCCUCACCCCGAAACCAUCAAAGAGUUUACAGCCCGAUUUUCGAAUGCCGAUGAGAUUGAAAAAACGGCAAACGAUCCGGCUGGUGAAUCCCUCAUCCCUGUGAAGGAUGUUGUUACCUUCAAGGAUCUCCAGCUUGGGAGAAAGAAGGUCGGCAAAGGGUUGGUAAACCUGGAGGAAUUUUUUGUCAGCUAUACGAAGGCCAUUCUAGCUCAUCUUGGGAUACGCAGGUGGGCGCCAGACCUCGAAGAUUUGCCGGACUCACUUUACAACGAAGCUUGCCGCCAAGCUGCCCUCAAAUCCUUCCGCCAGGCCGCUGUUGGUGGUGUCUACGCCUACAUGAAUAUCAAUCCAAAGUACGCCACGGAUCUCGGGCUUCUGAUUCCUGCGUACAAUCACUAUGUCCACUUCUUGCAAAAAAACCGGUACAAUCGAGAGAAGAACCAGAGCGGCAAGUUCCGGAUGGACGAAGAGCGUAAAGUGAUUGCAAAGGCAAGAGAGCGACUUCGAGACAGUCGAUUGAAAUUCGCGCUCGCCCAGAAUCUCCCUAAGCGAUAUCAGAAGGUCAUAUCCGAUGUCAACUGCCAUAGCGAUGACGAAUACUGUCCGAAAACAAGAGUUUAUAUCAUUAAAACAUUGAAGUUUCGGUCACCCAACGCCACCAAGUUCUUCCGCCGACUCGAUGCCGCCAUCCUGACAUCUGAUGAACUGGACGGUAAACGUGUGCAGCGUCGCAGACGAGUUGCUCCAUCCACUCCGCACCCAUCCCUUUUCACCAAGCCUCCAAAAGGCCAACCGUUAGAUUUCUACCACGCCGAGUGGUUCAAUGACUUGUUACCUCAACAACGUAUGGAAAUUGCUAACACCCGUGAAGUCGCAUUUUUGCCUGACGCCUCCCAAUCGCUCAUGGGGAAGAAGCUGGCUUCAGAAAAGCUAUCUGACCGAAAGUUCACUCAGGAGUUCUUCGACCGACUCACGAAACCUUACGACCUCACCCAUGAGAUUGAAGAAAAUGCAGAUGAGGAAGAAACGUCCGAUGAAGAGAACGAUCCCUCUUUUGACCCGGAUGAAAUCGAUUUGACCCACUCUGCAAACGAGGAAGAAGAAGAGGAGGACGAGACAGAAGGAGACCGUGACUUUGUUGAUGACUCGAUGGGUACUUCUGGUCACCUCGAAGAAGAGGAGGAAGACGCGGUCAGCAACGGCGACGAGGAAGAACUCGCACGUGAAGCCCGUUACAAUGCAAUGGUGCUUGACGAGGAUGAGGAGCUCUAA